CGGAGGGGACUGCGUAAAGACCAAACAGGCACUCAGAUUCUAAAGACUUUUGGCGUUGGAGAAAUGGAGGCUGAAAAGGAACGCUUUCCUAGACUAAGGCAAGUUCUUCUCUUUGUUUUGCUGGCUCACACUUGGGCGGAGCAGGAAGAUUACCGUAUUGCUGAAGAAACAGAGAGUGGUUCUUUUGUGGCCAAUCUAGCAAAGGACAUAGGGCUAGCGGUAAAAGAGCUCUCUUGGCGGAGGGCUCGGAUCAUUUUUACAAAUGACAAAAAAUAUUUUCAGCUGAACCUUCAGACUGGAGAUUUGCGAGUAAAUGAGAAACUGGAUCGGGAGGAACUGUGUGGCCCCACUGAGCCUUGUGUACUUCAAUUCCAGGUGUUACUGGAAGAACCUUUAGAGGUAUAUAGGUAUAAGCUUUUGGUCACUGACAUAAAUGACAAUUCCCCUGUGUUCCCAGAAGCAGAAAUGAUUUUGAAAAUCAUGGAAAAUACUCUUCCAGGGACUGUGUUUCCCCUGAAAAAUGCACAAGAUUUGGAUGUAGGUAUCAAUAAUAUUCAAAACUACACCAUUUAUCCCAACUCCCAUUUCCACGUUCUUACGCGCAAUAGCGGUGAAGGCAGGAAAUACCCGGAACUGGUUCUGGACAAAGCCCUAGAUCGAGAGGAGCAGCCUGAGCUUAGGUUAACUCUCCUGGCAGUAGAUGGUGGAGUUCCUCCCAAAACUGGGACAGCCUUGGUCCUCAUUGAUAUCUUGGACAUCAAUGACAAUGCCCCUGAGUUUGUGCAGCCACUCUAUCGUGUGCAGAUCCUGGAAAACAGUCCUCUGGGAUCUCUUAUUGUCACUGUUUCAGCUAGAGAUUUAGACACAGGAACAAACGGCCAAGUAUUCUAUUCAUUUUUUUACGGUGAUGAAGAGAUUAGUAGGACAUUUGCACUUAAUGAACUCACAGGAGAAAUUAAAAUAAUUAGGGAACUAGAUUUUGAAAAAAUUAUAUCACAUGAGCUGGAUAUUAAGGCCUCUGACGGGGCAGGUCUUUCUGGAAAAUGUACUGUCAUAAUAGAGGUGGUGGAUAUAAAUGACAACACCCCCGAACUGACGGUGGCUUCACUUAUAAGCGCCAUCCCAGAAAAUUCCCCUGAGACCACAAUAGCUCUUUUCAGUAUUCAAGACCGAGACUCUGGGGACAAUGGGGAGGUGGUUUGUUCCAUCCAGGACGAUGUUCCAUUCACUCUGAAACCUUCCGUUGAGAAUUUCUACAAGCUAGUAACAGAAGGAGAGCUAGACAGAGAGAGCCAGGCCGAGUACAACAUCACCAUCACCGUCACCGACCUGGGGACCCCCAGGCUGAAAACCCAGCACAACAUAACGGUGACGGUCUCCGACGUCAACGACAACGCCCCGGCCUUCAGCCAAGCCGCCUACACCCUGCGGGUGCGCGAGAACAACAGCCCCGCCCUGCACAUCGGCAGCGUGAGCGCCACGGACAGAGACUCGGGCGCCAACGCGCAGGUCACCUACUCGCUGCUGCCGCCCCAGGACCCGCAGCUGCCGCUGGCCUCGCUGGUGUCCAUCAACGCGGACAACGGGCAGCUGUUCGCGCUCAGGUCCCUGGAUUUCGAGGCGCUGCGGGCGUUCGAGUUCCGCGUGGGCGCGGCCGACCGCGGCUCGCCGGCGCUCAGCAGCCAGGCGCUGGUGCGCGUGCUGGUGGUGGACGACAACGACAACUCGCCCUUCGUGCUGUACCCGCUGCAGAACGGCUCCGCGCCCUGCACCGAGCUGGUGCCCAGGGCGGCCGAGGCGGGCUACCUGGUGACCAAGGUGGUGGCGGUGGACGGCGACUCGGGCCAGAACGCCUGGCUGUCGUACCAGCUGCUCAAGGCCACGGAGCCCGGGCUGUUCGGCGUGUGGGCGCACAGCGGCGAGGUGCGCACGGCCAGGCUGCUGAGCGAGCGCGACGCCGUCAAGCACAGGCUGGUCGUGCUGGUCAAGGACAAUGGCGAGCCGCCGCUGUCGGCCAGCGUCACGCUGCACGUGCUGCUGGUGGACGGCUUCUCGCAGCCCUACCUGCCGCUCCCGGACGCGGCGGCGGCCGAGGCCCGCGCCGACCCGCUCACCGUCUACCUGGUGGUCGCCUUGGCGUCGGUGUCGUCGCUCUUCCUGUUCUCGGUGCUGGUGUUCGUGGCGGUGCGGCUGUGCAGGAGGAGCCGGGCGGCGUCGGGGGGCGGCUGCUCGGUGCCCGAGGGCCCCUUUCCGGGCCACCUGGUGGACGUCAGCGGCGCGGGGACCCUGUCCCACAGCUACCAGUACGAGGUGUGUCUAGGAGAAGCUGGGAGCAGGGAAUUUAAGUUUUUGUCUGUUGUCCCUACCCAACAGAGGUCUGUGGAUGGUGUGGAGGAAAAGUCAAAUUUUGUAAAUAGUUUUGGAUUCAAUUAGGAACUUGGGUGAAGG